AUGCCUCUCGGCGAGGGGACAUCAGGCUCUGAGUCUCCGGCAUCUCAGUCGGACUCCCCAUGCCUCCUCGGAAACGGAUUCGGACGGAUCUCCACCACAAUCCGUCUCGUCCCCUGGGAGCGUCACCGCUGCGGAGGCCUUUUGACACGGGAUCAGCCAGAUCUCAUCUGGACUCCACAUACUUACUGGAAAUUUUGUCAAGAUCCUUCUCACAUACAUCAGACACACUGGUAUGGAUUACCUAUUAGUUUCCUAGAUGUACUAUCUCAGCAUGGCAGCCGUAAAAAUUGUCUAGACCGGCAACAAUUGCUCCAUAUCGGUACUUCUACCAAGAUGUUCCUGAGCCGCUCUACUUCUCUUCAAGCAGAGGACCCUUUUGGCUUGGCUAUUCUGGGCCUUCUUCUAUUCGUACCUGCUUCCGUUUCUGCCCCCGCCAUUAAAGCUUUCUGGUCCAGGCCUCAGGCACAGACCUGA